CAAAAUGAUCACAAUGGGCCUACAACAUGAUCAAGUUAAGCUUGAGCUGGGGACUUGCUGGCUCUUCUGAGUCGGCCGACGAUUCUCAACUCGAUGGCGAAUUCCUCCCCGUAGUUGGAAAAUACGAUCCUGUAGGACUUCAGAGUUCGCCCGCUGAAGCAUACAUAACACCUCAGAGCACUGGGCACUGGUUUCCAGCAAUUACAUUUUGUGGGCAGGAAAGGGUGGAAACAGCAAGGAGGGAAAAUAAACGGGUUCGCAAUUCGAAUUUGGCGCUUAAUCGUCGCCGUUGUCCUUUCCGAUGAAGCUGCCAAGGCCCACUUCGCAUAUCUUAAAGCGAGGCGUGGAGGGUCAACCUCCCAUCAAGCCCGUCAAAGCGCGGCACGCGCAUCUCAUCAGACUCCGACUCCAAGCAGACCCAUAUGCGAUGUCCGACGUAAUCAAAUGGUACGCUCUGUCUCCGUCUCAUUUCGGCAAAGCCCGUCUCGCCUUGAACCAAAUUGAGUUCCCGACGAGGCCAAUUUUCAAUCACUUGAUCCGCGGCCUGGCGCUUUAUCAACCCAUCGAAGCGAUUGAAAUGUACGUCAACCAAAUGUAUCGUCAGGGGAUUGUUGGGGAUACUCUGACGAUGAUCUUUCUUUUCAAGUCGUGCGGUCGUGUCAGGGACGUCUUCCUUGGUCAAUUGUUUCAUGCCCAUUGUUCGAAACUUGGGUGUGAUUCGGAUUUGUCUGUGUCAAAUGUUUUGAUACAUAUGUAUGGCUCUUUGGGGGAUUGUGUGCCUGCACGCAAGGUGUUCGAUGAAAUGGGGCAGCGAGACUUGGUUUCUUGGAACUCAUUGAUCUGUGCUUAUGCUGACUGCAAGAAGUUUAAGGAGGUUUUGGGUAUUUUUAAUUUGAUGCAGGAAGCCAAUGUGAAGGCUGAUGCUGUAACAAUGGUCAAAGCAAUAUUGGCUUGUCUUCACUUAGGUGAACAGCAUACAGCAGAUUUAAUGGUCAAGUACAUUGAGGACAACAAAGUAGGGAUUGAUGUUUAUUUAGGCAAUGCUCUGAUUGAUAUGUAUGGCCAGCGUGGCUCGGUGGAUUUUGCUCAGGGAGUAUUUGAUAGGAUGCAAGCGAGGAAUAUAGUUUCUUGGAAUGCAAUGAUUAGGGCCUAUGUAAAAUCAGGGAACUUGGUUGCUGCAAGGAAAGUUUUCGAGGAUACCCCUAGAAGAGAUGUCAUCUCAUGGACUUCAAUGAUCACAGGGUAUUGUAAAGCUAACCAAUUUUCUGAUGCAGUCAAAACUUUCCAAGAUAUGAUGGGAGCUAAUAUAAAACCUGACGAGAUCACAGUAGCUAGUGUGCUCUCCGCCUGUGCUCACUUGGGCUCUGCUGAUGCUGGACAGGCAAUUCAUGACUAUGUUCUUCAACACGGAAUAAAAGAAGAUGUCUUUGUAGGUAAUGCCUUGGUAGAUAUGUACAGCAAAUGCGGUGCAGUUGAGAAAGCACUGGAUGUAUUUCAUGGAAUGAAACACAAGGACGGUGUUUCGUGGACAUCUAUUAUCUCUGGGCUAGCUGUCAAUGGUCUUUCUGAUGACGCAAUAAACCUCUUCUCCCUCAUGCAUAGAGAAGGUAUACAUCCAACUCAUGGUACCUUCAUUGGAAUUUUAAUCGCUUGCAAACAUUCUGGGCAGGUAGAUAAAGGAUUGGAAUAUCUUGAAACCAUGGAAAAGGUCUAUGGCCUGAAACCAGAGAUGAAACAUUAUGGAUGUGUUGUGGACCUGUUGAGUCGCUCAGGUAACUUAGAGAGAGCUUAUGAGUUUAUAAAAUCAAUGCCGGUAGUGCCAGAUGUUGUGAUAUGGAGAAUUUUGUUAGGUGCAUGUAUGCUCCAUGGUAAUUUAGAGUUAGCCGAGAUUGUCACCAAGAAGCUGCUCGAGUUGGAUCCUUUCAACAGUGGAAAUUACGUUUUCCUGUCUAAUGCAUAUGCAAGUUCAGACAGGUGGGAAGAUGCUGAUGAAGUGAGAAAAUUAAUGAUGGAAAGAGCUGUGGGAAAGCCUUCUGGUUGGAGCUCCAUUGAAGGGAAUGAUGGAGAUGGGCCGGUUCACCCUCAUCAAACCGACCUUGUAGAUUCUUCUGUAAAAUGAUUCGGUUGUCUUAAUGAGUCGGCCAACUGAACAGGCAUGUUGUGGGAAGUAAGCUUAAAGGUAAUCAUCUUCCACGUCAGCCACAUCUAAUGAGAUAGCUCGGCUGAUUUGUUCUUUGCAUCAUGGCCACGGCACAGGGCAGGACCAUCCCAGCCAUGUUGAACUGCUCUGCGAUUGGAGUAAAGCCACUCUUUUGGUCCUAAGGAUUGAAAGGGACUGCAACAUUCAUUGGCAACAGCGACAGGGCGGGUCCAUAUAUCUUUGCAGCCAUUAUUUUUCCACAUAGUCAUAGAUGUAUCAAAGAUUGAUUCGAUUGUCUUUUUACUGUCUUUCUCAGUAGCAGAUCCGUCCCAAACUUUGAACUUGGGGGUACAGGACAAACUUCCUACCGAUCGGUCUACUGUUAAUCAUCAACUGAAGAGGCAUGCUGUGGGAAGUAAGCUUAAAGCUUAUCAUCUUCCGCGUUACCACAUCUAAUGAGAUAGCUCGGCUGAUUUGUUCUUUGCAUCAUGGCCAAGGCACAGGGCAGGACCAUCCCAGCCAUGUUGAAACUGCUCUGCGAUUGGAGUGAAGCCACACUCUUUUGGUCCUAAGGAUUGAAAGGGACUGCAACAUUCAUUGGCAACAGCGACAGGGCGGGGUCCAUAUUUCUUUGCAGCCAUUGUUCUACCACAUAGUCAUGGAUGUAUCAAAGAUUGAUUCGAUUGUCUUUUUACUGUCUUUCUCAGUAGCACAUCCGACCCAAACUUUGAACUUGGGGGUAGAGGACAAACUUCCUACUGAUCAGUCUCUACCGUUGAACCAUCAAUUGAGAGUUGAGCCAAAUCAAGCAGAGUAGAUUUAGCUAUUCAAUUUUACAGGUGCAGUUGCUUCCGAGUUUUGUACACUUCUGGGUGCUUCAACCCAUUUGGGAGUAAAGUAAUUCCUAAAGAUUGGUGUUCUAAAUGUGCUAACUUUCGUUCUUUAAUGGUAGUUUGAGCAAGCAUUGGUCCACUCAUUUCAAAGCAAUCUCCUUUUUCUCGAGAGAGUCCAAUGUGUCGGUUGGUGAAACUGGAGUUGCUCUCGAACUUUGCCCAUUCCAAGCAUGUGGUCCAAUGGCGGCAUUAUUGUAGACGAUAACGCUACUGACUUUUAUCUCUAUGGUCAAGAGCCGCCCCGAGGGCCACGAUGAUAUCGGCCUUUUUGGCGGUCUUGGGAGAAGCAGAGUAAAGUCCAUAACUUUAU